UAUUCGUUUGUUAGACAUGACGGGCUACAUAUCGACCACCUAACCAGCAUCGUGCAAAACGAAAUAAGCGCUCUGAAACAGUUAUAUCAACAGAAACAAUACGAUAAAAGUCUGGACACCUCAGCAGUCUUGGGAUAAAGUAUCCAAAAUUCAGAGAUCACCCUUUACACAAUGGACAUAUGUGGCUGGAGAGCAAACGUAUUGAUGAUGGAGCAGAAGGACUAUGGAGGAUUCAUGAUCAGUUGUACGACUUCAGUGAUUUUGUUCAUGAUCAUCCUGGAGGGAACAGAUAUAACGGAAGCUUUCGAAUCUCAUCAUAUAUCUGCAGUACCUUCCACUUUGCUUCCACAGUAUCUAGUCAGAGAUGCAAAAGUGCCAAGAAACUCACCUUUUACUUUCAACGAAAACGGAUUUUAUAACUUGUUGAAAAGAAAAAUUUACGAGAAAUUAAAAACGCUGCCAAAACUUCAUCGGAUAGAUCAAAACAUAUAACUGAUUUCUUAUUAAUCUCUUAUAUAGGUAAGUUUAAUUGGGAGUGUCCU